AGUCAUGCUAGGAUGCCUGGUGGGCUUGCAAAUUGGCCUCUUUCUCAAGUAGGUAUUAGAGAUCCAGGAUUUUAAUAAGAAAGAGAUGCUUCAACCCAAGAUUUGGGUGAUGAUGAUGUUUCAUUUAGCUCUACUAUAAAGUGUUCGUGAUGUAUUCAACAGUUCAAGAAAGUAGGAAGAGAAAUAAUCACAGGAAUGGAAAAUGGAGCUAUGCAUCAGCCAUGAAGCACUGGUUAAACAAUUCUGGUGCCAAUUUAGUUGACAUUUGAGCUGAAAAUCUGUUCAAAUAAUUUGGUUGUUUUACCCUUGCUAGACAAUAACAAUUAUAGUUCAGUUUUAUAAACACAUUUGUAGUUCUGUUGUUAGCUCAAUUGUUUUUUAUCCAUGCCCACUCCCACAUGUUACAUCAUUUCUGCUGAAGAGCAGUUGUUGUGUGUGUGUGUGUGUGUUUUGGAGAUUCUAGGUCACGGAAUUACUUCUAAUGAACUGAAAGGUAGUUCCCCCUUCUUUGGUUUGUGUAAAUUGACAUCAAAUUAUCUGAAUUUUAUGUACUAUGUCAUUGAUACACAGAAAAAUCGUUUUUUGGUGGAUUGCUUUGAGGAACAAGUGUGCUUUUGUAAUGAAAAGCUGAAGAGUGAUUCAGAACUAACCCUUGAUAUUUGUUGCUUCCUUUUCUGCAUUAUUUAUAUGUUGGUAUAUGUCCAACUUGGUUUUUUUAAUGUUCAUGUAGUAGUUAACGAAUAGUUCCUUCACUUUUGUAAUAUUUUAUUUUUUUGGCUUUUAUCAAAUGUUGUUUUAUAAUUUUAUCUUUCUCAAUUGUGUUUUUGCUUUGGAGAACUGGGGGGAGAGGGGGGGGGGGGAACGCAUGAGAGAGAUCAUUUUCUGAUUCCAUUAUUAAAUGCAAUGUGUUGAAGACUUGAGCUUGUAGAAACUGUUGUUUAAAUUCAACUGAGCAAAGGUCAUCAUGCAAGGUUUUCCAGGCGAAGGAGAAAGUGCUUUGUCAGUUGUUGGUCCAAGACCAAUGGAAUGGUCUACUGUUCCGUAUAGUGCCCCUCAGGGUCCUGGAUCAAAUGGGAAGCAGCGGACCUCAAGUUUGGAAUCACCAAUCAUGGUGCUGACUGGCCACCAGAGUGUUAUAUAUACCAUGAAGUUCAAUCCAGCAGGAUCAGUGAUUGCAUCUGGAUCUCAUGACCGAGAAAUUUUCCUUUGGAAUGUGCAUGGGGAUUGCAAGAACUUUAUGGUUCUUAAAGGUCACAAGAAUGCAGUUUUAGAUCUUCACUGGACUACAGAUGGGACACAGAUAGUCUCUGCCAGCCCCGAUAAAACAGUGAGGGCAUGGGACGUGGAAACAGGAAAACAAAUCAAAAAGAUGGUAGAGCAUCUCUCAUAUGUUAAUUCAUGUUGUCCUUCCCGGAGGGGGCCACCUCUUGUUGUCAGUGGCUCUGAUGAUGGAACUGCUAAACUAUGGGAUAUGCGUCAAAGGGGUUCUAUCCAAACAUUCCCAGAUAAAUAUCAGAUUACGGCUGUCAGCUUCUCUGAUGCAUCGGAUAAGAUUUUCACUGGCGGUAUUGAUAAUGAUAUCAAGGUAUGGGAUUUGCGUAAAGGUGAGGUUACCAUGACACUUCAAGGUCAUCAAGAUAUGAUUACGGGUAUGCAAUUGAGUCCUGAUGGGUCCUACCUUCUUACUAAUGGCAUGGAUUGCAAGCUUUGCAUUUGGGAUAUGCGCCCUUAUGCUCCACAAAAUCGCUGUGUGAAGGUGUUGGAAGGGCACCAACACAACUUUGAAAAGAACUUGUUGAAAUGUAGUUGGUCUCCUGAUGGAAGCAAGGUCACAGCUGGUAGUUCUGAUCGCAUGGUUUACAUCUGGGAUACCACUUCUCGACGCAUCUUGUAUAAGCUUCCUGGUCACAAUGGGUCUGUUAAUGAGAGUGCCUUUCAUCCUAAUGAACCUAUUAUUGGAUCUUGCAGCAGUGACAAGCAGAUUUAUCUGGGGGAGAUAUGAAGAACAACGUUUAGAAACUUGCCAAAUGAAAUGAGCAUGUUUGGUGCUUAUGACAACCAUUAAGGAGUGGUAACUUUAGAUAUGCUGAAUUCCUUCUGUUGUUUGCUGGUCGAUCGAUUCAGUGACUGUAUAAUAUUCUGGCAAAAAUAUUAUAUCCUGCUUUUGUUACUAAUUAAUGUAAUUUG